AUGUUCCAAUGGUGGAAGUUACGGAGGACAGGGUACUUGGCAGUCUACUUCUUCACCGGCUUCAUCGUGCAUGGUUUCGAAGUUUUCUCGGAGCAGCAGCUCCUGGUGCUUGAUGAUCCAACCAGGGUAGUGAAUUUCAACAACUCUGAGUCUGGCUCCACUCAUGUAGAUGACUACUGGGCGAAGAUUGACCUGAACUACAGCCCACUAGAAGGCUGGAGUUUAGCCCGGCAUGUCCGCAUUGGAUGUUUCUUGGUCCAGUGGGAGAGCCCUUUGGCAUAUGCAGAACGCAUUAGCGAAGUUAUGACUGCCACUGAAUGUGUGCAAUUCUGCAACAAGACACAGGCGUAUCUUCAACUGCCCUUGUGUCGCUGUGGUUUGGAUGAGUCGUUGCUGCCCAUGACAGAGGUGUUAGGGGGCUGCAGCCCAACUUCAUGGGAGGUUUUCAGAGAGUACGACUAUCGAUCUUCCAUGUCGCCCUCUACCUACGACGUUUCCCGACGACUUCUUUAUUCCAUUGUGACUGUACGUUUGCCGUCUCCAGCUGAUCCUCCCAUCAGGAACUAUAUCCAUGCUGUCAAUGCCUUGGAGUCACGGCCGGAAUUUAGCUAUGAUGUCCGCCUGGAUCGUAUGCUCUUCAAUGCAGUGUGGGACUUUGGGCAGAGCCGCAUGGUGGCGCUGUCUCUUUCAGAUUGGGGUGGCACCUUGGAUUUCAGUGUUGUCAGCUACAACUCGAGCUUGGGCCAACUGCAAGUGCAACAGAGCCAUUUUCCCAUUGAGGAUGAAAUAGUAGCGACUGGAGAACUCGUUCGCGAUGGUUUGGCUUCUGCAGAGGGCCUUGGUACCGUGGAUGUGCUCUUCGGCACCUACUACACGGUUGUUCCUGCAACAGUGAGCGGGUCCACGCAGGUAGUUCAUGUGAUUCUAGCUGUUGAUAUUGACAUGAAGCGCGUGCUGACCAGUGUCACGCUGCCAGUAACCCUCGUGAACAUUCAGAUCAACUCGUUAAAUCACGAGCUCUAUGGAGCAGGUGCUGAUUUGACUGGACAGUAUGCCUACUACCACCUCUGCACCUCAACUAAUCUGACUCAGACGGUGAACGGCAUUACAACCAGACAGAUUUCCGUAGGUUGCACGUUGGCAGAGCUUGGGGAGCUGCCUACAGAGGUCAACUACCUGUACUUGCAGUCGGCUGCAAUCGACCACCAGAACAACUACGCGUGGUUUACGUACAAGGAGGAUGCGACAGGUCGUCCACGAAUUCUGGAGUACCACCAAGAUAGUAAAGACUACGUGAUUUGGCCACAGGACAGUUUGCCUGAGAAUGCAGUUUUCUCAUCGCUCAUCCAAACAGCUCCUAGGAUUUUCUUUGCCCUGUUUCCUCCAAGUCUGCUCUAUGCAAGAUUCAAUGCAGCUGGAACGAAGCUUUUCUUGUCCUUUGAUGCAGCAACCCUCCGUGGCGCAGCCCCAAUUGAUACAAACGCGGAUGACAUUCCUGACUCCUUCAAUGAAGCUGACAAGGCCACCCGGGCACCAUGUGAGGACUUUAUCGACCAAUUCACCAUGACGCUCAUCCCGGGAAGCAUGUGCCAAUGGACGAGCGACGCAGACUUUUACAUUGAAAUUGACCAGUCGUCAACCAUUGCCCCAGGAGACUUGGCACGCCUCAAACCAGGAACUGUUUACAGGGGUGAGCAGCUUCCAUCUGGAGCGUAUCAAUUUUCCCAGCCAUCAUCGGACUUCGCCAUCGUUGAGCCACCGCUGGAAAUUCCAACCCCAGUCGCUGAAAUUGGUGGCAUGCGCUACAUUGACGUGUGUACAGACCUGACCCUGGAUGGCACGCAGUCGCGCAAUCACGGUUAUCGGGGUACCUUUACGUGGGCACUGAGCUCGACAAACCCGGUGAAGCCAGAGCCCCACAUCCGCCAGCUGCAGAAGGUGAUUGAUGAUGAAAUGUUGGCAGCCCUUCCAGUUGCAGCUCAAGUCUUGAGAAUCCCGCAGUUUUUGAUGCAAGCAGAGACGCUGUACAACUUCUCAUUGACCGUGCAGUCUUACUGGAACCCCUCUUUGACUGACACCGCCUACUUUAGUGUCAUGGUUUCAUCUGCCCCAGUUCCACCAAUGGAAAUCUUUGGCUCGUACUCUCGAGAGAUCAAGGUGGAAAAUCCAUUCAGCCUUGUGUCUGAGAUUGUCAUGCAGGGGUGUUCAGAAAACUUGGGCAAUGGCAGCGUGGGCUACCGCUGGACAGUAUGCAAAAGGACCGAGGCCGUGUUGGUGCAGGGAAGCAUUCUGGGCUGCAACUAUACGUUUGGAAGUGGAAUCGAUCAGUCGAAAUUCUCUGGAGUGCAGUCGCGGUCAUUAUAUGUGCAACCUUUUGCUUUAGAACCACUCGACACCUACAUCUUCACGGUCUUCGGCCAGGUGAAUAUCACCAAUGGCACCUCCGUCGUAGUGUUGCAGAACGUGGUCAGUGCCGAGGUCAAAGUGGUUCUAGGAGGACUCUCCGUGACUUACUAUGGUGGAAACGGAUUUUCAAGCAGAAGGGACCGGGCUAUUGUGGUCGACUUCUCCGACACAACAGACUUCUCAGACCCAUCGAACUUGCUGUCCAGCAUAACAUACACUUACAGCUGCUACAAGCAGGGGACUAUGGAUCCUUGCUUUGCAGGGCAGGGAAGCGGGCCUACAGACAUUUCGUUAUUGACGACCUCCUGCAUCGACGUGCCUGACCCAUUCUCAAACCCAGCUGGCCAACCUCUAAUUUUCGAGUACAGGGACAAGGACUACAAUCACGCUGAGGGAGUCAGCUACCCACCACUCUCCAAUGUGAAUCAGUUCUGCAUAGCAAGUCCAACUUCACUCAUCUUUCAGUCCAACCUUUUUGAACCUGGCGAAUAUGUUUUUGUCACGAAUGCAUCCAAAGUUGUCAACGGCGUGGAGCGGGUUUCAUCCACAAGGCUGUAUGUCACGGUGCUUGCUCCGUCAACCGCAUCUUCCACAAGGAACCCAUUGAUCGCAGUCUUUCUAGAAAGCCCAGCGCCGGUAUUCCCUGGCUCGACCAUUCGCUUGCGUGGAGAGGUGACAAACCCGCAGAAUGCCACCACCUACAGCUUUGUGUGGACAGCCUACCGUUUUGGCCUCAAUCCGGACUACAAUGCAGAAAUGGCAUCAGCGGAUCCGACCUACGCGGUGGAGCAAUACGCCUGGGCAGAGCUCUCUGCAGUGGAGUUCAACAAGAGUGAUCCACAGCAGGUAAGGAGUCGAGAGGAUUCCAAGUACAUGGUCAUAGCACCCGAUGUGCUUUGGCCCGGGGCGACCUACAAGCUGCGCCUAACGGCUCUCGACUCAUUCAUGGAGUCUCAGGACUUGCAGGAUGCUAAUGGCUACGCUGAGUACACUUUCAGAACUGUAGGUCUUCCACCAUCUGGCGGUGUUCUGUUUGCAUCCAAUUUGUCGGGCAUAGCUUUGGAGACAGAGUUUCUCUUUUCGCUCGACGGUUGGGGCAGUGAAGAUCGCCCAUUGCUCUACCAGUUCAGCUACAUUCAAGACUUCGACUCACCCUUCGCAGAGCCUGUUGAAUUGACCAUCGCAUUCUCAGACCGGAACUAUGUGCAGACAAGGCUUCCGGAGGGCUUGGUUGGAACACAGCACCUCCUGCGUGUUGUUGGUACGGUUCAGAGCGCGACAGGUGCUGUUGCGGUUUCCUCUGUUGAUGUCUCCGUGAGCCCGGCUUCGCAAACUGGAAUUGAACAGCUGGCACAGCAGGUGCCCAAAGUGGAUCCAGAGACGGCGAUUCUGUACACAACGUUGCUCGCCGAAACUCCUGCAACUCCAACGGAGAGCAUGCCCACGCUGGCACAGGUCGUGGAGGGCAAGAUGUUUGCUGCCGACCGAGCAAUUGCUGGGACACCAGAGAUGGUAUCAUCAGUGGCACAUAUGCUCACCGCUAUCGCCGACGCGGGCGCUGUUGCGGACUCGGUGGUCUCAUUCCUGAACAAUAUGGUGAACCUGUCUGUGGAUUUGGGUUAUAUUUCAGCAGAUGGCUCUUUGGGCUCGUCAGAAUAUGUCGAUGUUGCAAACAGUCUGUUUAGUGCCAUUGAUGCUAUCACGCCCGGUGUGGUACCGUCCUACGAAAAUGCAACUGCUCGUCGCCUGAAGGGAGGCCGUGGCAUGGGCGGCAUGGUGCCUGCGGAAUGGCCUCGGCGCUUGCAGACUGUGGAAACGAGAAGCGCAGAGGAGAUGUACAACCACUUCCAAAUAGCGACUGCCCUGGUGACUGCUAUGUCAUACGUCCUACACGUCCAACUGUACCCGGGCGAGGCUCCAAUCAGCUUUGCACUACGAGGUCAAGACAUCUACUUGGGCAAAGACUUCAGCAGCAUCAAUGAAGCAGAGCAGUCGAAUGCACCCAUCACCACCCUGUUUGACACCCCAAGUCUGGAACGCCCUGGCAUGCCAGAGAUCCACAAUUACAGGUAUGUGCAAUUCAAGAAAUUCCCGUAUGACUUCCUCGUUAUGCCAGCGAAUCACACCCUGGAGGCGCCGCCAUCUCCCAACGACACGAAUCCAGCAGUGGCAAGCUUGGUGCCGCCUCAGACAUUCAACGUGAGUGAGAGGCUUUGGCACGCUGUAAUGCUGAAAAUAACGGAUGAAGCCGGCAACGACAGUCUGAUUGAUAGGUCGCUUGUCAAUGCCACCUUCUCAAUCCUACCCAGAAUCGCAGCGUAUGACGCAACAAACUUUGGCAAUGUGUUGAACCCGUCCACUUGCUAUUGGAUCGACCUUGGAAACGGCAACUUCAGUGCUGCCACGUUCGAUUCACGUGGUUCAAUCUUUAACGAGGACUCGUGCGUCACCAUGCACACCGACUACUUUGCGAUUUUGGCAGACAAUCUUGCAUCAGAGCUUGAGAUUGUCCAGCAGACGCCGGGAGAAUUCUUGAGCCAAUAUGAUGAAGAGUUCACCACCACGGCCAACGUCGUCACGGCUACUCUGGUCCUGGUUGCCUGUGCUGGCUUUGUUAUGGUGUCGGUCUACGUUGACGAGCACGAUGCAGCAAACAAAGUCACUCCGCUCGAUAGUCUGAAGACGCAAGUGAUUGAUCGGGACGACCCGAAGGAGAAAGUUUUGGGCACAAUUUUUCAAGCGAUCAGGCGAAAUCACCUAGUGAUUGGCUGGAACUACUUUCAUUUAAGACUGACCCGGGUUCGUCGAGCUGGCAUUUUUAUCACUGCCAUUUUUGCGACGGAGGCUUUAGCUGUUCUUCAACAUUCCCUCUUGGCAUUCAAGGCAGAAUCGGCGUGGGCUGCUAGUGGCCUCGUCGCUGCAGUGCUGGUUUUCCCGAUCGUCCAGUUUCUGGAGUUUUGCUUCGAGUGGCUGCCACAGUCGAGGAUGCUUACAAAGCCUCCUCCGCGAUCCCUGCCUGCAAAGCCCAUUCCGUUGAAGGAACAGGCCGAGCCAAAGGUCUUGAAAUAUCCCAAGAGGCCGGCUGUUGGAAAAGUUCGGCCACCUGAGCCGAAAGUACUGCCCAGAGCAGUUCACAGUUUGCAAUUGCCCGUCAUGCCAACCCUGCAGCUGAGCAAAGCAAGCGGGCUGGCCAAAGGCCGCCCACAGCCACCUGCUCGGCCACCUGGACAAUUGCCCAGACCUCCGCAGGGACCGCCGCCACCUGGACAUCUCCUGGCACGGGCUCAAUCCCCUGAUUCUGCGGCACCAGAGUUGGCUUUCACAGGCUUUUCAGAAAUCUCGAAGGUAGCACCGGGAACGAUGGGUCCGUUUGGCUUGACACUGCCCGAAUUGCCGCCCUUGCCCCAGGGCAAUUUGAAGGCCAUUGCCGAUGGAAAGCCGGCUCCGGCUCCCCCGCCCAAAGGCUCUGCCGGCCCCAGGCCGCCAAAAACCCCACCACCGGUGAGCAAGAUGUUCUUCGUGGCGCCUAAAGGCGUACCAUUGGCAGUGCCUGCACUGCCUGCGCCACCAAGCAAUCAGCCAAGGGCGUGCCCUGCUCUCCCGAAGCUUCCGCCAGCGAGGACGUUCAGUCAGCUCAGCACUAUCAGAUCUGGAGGUGGCUCGCCACGACAGCCGCCGCCGCCACCGGCACCACCUACUGAACCAAAAGUACCAGGCUUGACAACAUCUCCAGCAGCAACAACUCCGAGAGCAACCGCUUCACACGAGGACAUGUCGCAACGUUUGGCGGGAAGCCUGCCUGGAGCUGUCAGCCCUGAAGAGGUUGUUGAGCCACUUGCUGAAGACGUGGAGAACGAGCCUGGUAGAAGCCCACAAGUGGUCAGAGAUCCUGAGCACACAAUGCCGGCGCCUGCGGAUGAGGCUUCUCCCGUAAGAAGUCCAAACCGACGACGGCGUCCAGUGGUGGCGUCUUCUGAAGCGGCAUUGCGAGAGAUGGAGGAAUGUGAUUUGCCAAACAUUCCAAGAUCAGCAUCAUCUAAGCAGGGCUCGAUGCCGCUUGCACUUCCCAAAGGAAUGCGAGCAGUGUCGCACCGUGACGUGUCCGCGCCUGCAAGGUCGCCCAACAUGUCCUCUCCCGUGUCUUUGUCACCUGGUGCAGACCAGUCUCCGGUCCGCUUUGAGGGGUCAAACCUCAGGUUUGAGAUGCCAAAGCAAGCUUCGACUGCUUCAACUCAUGUACCACCGGGGAAGCAUGCUGCGCGACAACCACAGCCACCUCCUAAGUAUCCACCUCCUGGAGGGUCUGUCGAUGCAGUCCACCAUCUUCCUGGUGGGCCUGGCGGGCCUGGACUACCACCGAUGCCGAAGCAUCCUCCAAAACCACCUCCAAAGGUUCGUGGCAAAGCCCUGCUUCCAACGCCACCAUCAGGACCACCACCUGCUCAUGCUAUUGUUUUGGCCAAAGGAAAGCCCCAGGAUUUCUCCAGCAGCAGCGGUUUGCAGGCGGUGCUUGCGAAGGCAAAACCGCCUCCGCCAUUGGUGCAUCCACCUUCUGAGCCACUGCCCUCUUUUGUAUACCGGGCAAGUUCGCAAGCUGCCUUGCAAGCUAUCAUGGAUGGAAGGGAGAACGGUUCCAAGGCAUCUGCUUUGGAACCACUUCCUCCAAAGGCGCCUCCGCUUAAUGACACACGGGCUUUUGCUGCUUUGCCUCCAAUUGUCAAGGAGUAUGUGCCACUUGACAAGGGUCCGAAACCAGUGCCGGAAUUCGUUGUGAAGGUAAGUGUGUGGACUGUCUACCUGUUUGUGUUUUGGAUUUUUGUGUACAGCAUUAGCAUUAUUGCGUAUUACGGAGUCUACAUGGCAAGCAGCAGUAUUUGGGCAACCUAUGCGGCCACGCUUUGUGGUUGUCUUCUGAACUUUGGAAUCUUCGAGAGCAUGAAGUGUGUCAUUCUGGGUUGUGUGGAGCUAGUCAAGCAUGAGACGGUUAGACGCCAGGCCGAACUUGAUGCAAGGAGAACUCGGAUGGUAUUGAAGGAGCAACGCUUGCAAGAGCGACGCUCGCGCUCGCAGGAAAUUCAGCAGAUGCACGUACAGCCUCCACUGAUGGGCUAG